UUAAAUAUGUUGGAAACUGAAUACUUGCAGAGAGCGCCACCUUAAGCAGUUCUCUGAUGUCAACGUCAAUGAGAGCGAGACUCGUUACAGCGCUACUCCGACCUGAGUCCUGUUCUGCCGUUUGAAAUGUUCUUAGUACCAGCCGCUCCUCUCUCUCUCUGCCCAUCUUUCUUCCCUUCUAAUCCAGCCGGUUGAACUAAGUCAAUUUUCCAUGGCACAGUGAGGUUAGCUGCUACCUGAGCCAAAUUUCUGUCUGAGAAGAAGAAGGUGCCCCCUGUGAGGACAGUGCUGCCCGGCCCUUAACCCUACCCCUACCUGCCUCUGGGGAGAAACAGAGACGAAGAGAAAUUUAGACCCAAUUCUACGGAGGCUUUGAACCUGCAUCCACGUCAAUCACGUCUUCACCGCUGGCUGCAGGACGGCCCUCGUGGCCAGGAUGCCACUGUGUGCCCUGCCAGUCCACGGUGGAUCCUGAGGGGCAGGAGGAGGCCACUGAGUGUGGGAGGCUCAGAGGGCACCAGCCUGGAGACAUGAACCUGUGCUGGAACGAGAUCAAACGGAAGUCCCACAACAUCCGGGUGCGUCUGGAGGCCUUCUCAGACAACAGUGGGAAGCUGCAGCUCUCGCUGCAGGAGAUCAUCGAGUGGCUGACUGCCAAGGAUGAAGAGCUGUCUGAGCAGCUGCCUAUAGGGGGCGAUGCUGGGGCGGUGCAGCACCAGAGAGAGUUCCACCAGGCGUUCAUGGAGGAUGUCAAGUCUCGAGGGCCCUUCAUCUACUCGGUCCUGGAAUCGGCCCAGGCCUUCCUGGCUCAGCACCCCUUCCAGGAGCCUGAGGAGACCCUGGCUGAUGGGAAAGAAUUGUCUCCACGGCGACGCAUCCUCAACGUGAGUCGCUCCGUGUGGAAGCAGGCCAACGUGGCCAGUGACCUGUGGGAGAAGCUGACGGCUCGCUGCGUGGACCGUCACAGGCACAUGGAGCACACUCUGGAGCGACUGCUGCAGACACAGGCUGCUAUGGAGGAGCUGGCGGUGGCUCUGGAGCAAGCGGAGGGGGUGCGGGAUGCCUGGGAGCCGGUCGGAGACCUCUUCAUCGACUCACUGCAGGACCACAUUGAUGCCACCAAGCUCUUUAAGGAUGAGUUGACCCAGGUGAAGGAGGGCAUGAAGCACAUCAACGACCUGGCCCACCAGCUGGCCAUCUCAGACGUCCACCUGUCCAUGGAGAACGCACGCGCCCUGGAGCACCUCAACAGCAGAUGGAAGCUGCUGCAGGGUUCUAUAGAAGAGCGUCUGAAGCAGCUGCAAGAUGCUCACCGAGACUUUGGCCCCGGGUCCCAGCACUUCCUCUCUAGUUCAGUGCAGAUUCCCUGGGAGCGAGCUAUCUCCCCAAACAAAGUGCCCUACUACAUCAACCACCAGGCUCAGACGACGUGCUGGGACCACCCAAAGAUGACGGAGCUCUACCAGGCACUGGCGGAUCUAAACAACAUUAAGUUCUCUGCGUACAGGACAGCUAUGAAGCUACGGCGGGUUCAGAAAGCCUUGAGACUGGACCUGCUGACGCUGGGCAGCCUGGUGGAUGUGUUCCGGGAGCAGGACCUGCAGCAGGCGGAGCAUGUGAUGGACGUGGUGGAGGUGAUCCACGGGCUGACCGGCCUCUACGAGAGGCUGGAGGAGGAGAGAGCCCUGCUGGUCAACAUCCCCCUCUGUGUGGACAUGUGUCUCAACUGGCUGCUCAAUGUCUACGACAGCGGUCGCAAUGGGAAGAUGCGAGUUCUGUCGUUCAAGACCGGCCUGGUGAGCUUGUGCAGCGCAGACGUCCAGGAGAAGUACAAAUACCUGUUCAGACAGGUGGCGGGUCCUGGCGGCCUGACGGACCAGCGCCACCUCAGCCUGCUGCUCCACGAGGCCAUCCAGAUCCCCCGGCAGCUGGGGGAGGUGGCCGCCUUCGGGGGCAGCAACGUGGAGCCCAGCGUCCGGAGCUGCUUCCGCAUGGCACCGGGGAAGCCAGCCAUUGAGGUGGCCCACUUCCUGGAGUGGAUGAGUCUGGAGCCCCAGUCCGUGGUGUGGCUGCCCGUGCUGCAUCGCGUGGCCCUGGCGGAGGCCGCCAAGCACCAGGCCAAGUGCUCUGUCUGCAAGCAGUGCCCCAUCAAGGGCUUCAGGUACCGCAGCCUCAAACAGUUCAACGUGGACAUCUGUCAGACGUGCUUCCUAACAGGCCGCACCACCAAGGGCAAGAAACUGCACUACCCCAUCAUGGAGUAUUAUACCCCAACAACCUCAGGAGAGAAGAUGCGGGACUUUGCCAAGACGCUGAAGAACAAGUUCAGGUCGAAGCAGUACUUCAGCAAACACCCUCAGAGAGGCUACCUACCUGUUCAGUCUGUACUGGAGGCAGAGAACUCGGAGACGCCCUGCUCCUCUCCCAAGCUGCCUCAUGCAGACACACACAGCAGGAUCGAGCACUUCGCUAGCAGAUUGGCGGAGAUGGAAAGCCAGACUUGUUCCUUCUUCACAGAUAGCCUGUCACCUGAUGAAAGUCUGGAUGAAGAUCAGUACCUCCUGCGUCACUCCAGCCCCGCCCCGGAGCAGGACUCCCCCUGCGGACAGCUCCUGCUGCUAACCCACCUGGAGGGCCAGGACCAGGACGAGCUGCAGCACACGCUAGCACGCCUGGAGAACGAGAACCGGGUGCUGCAGGGGGAGUACCGCAGACUGAAGUGGAAGCAUGAGGAGGCGGCGUCCUCGCCCCAGCUGACGGACGGGGGCCCGGGCUCCCCCUCAGAGGAGCUGCAGGACGAGGAGCUGCUCGCCGAGGCCCGGGUCCUGCGCCAGCACAAGACGCGUCUGGAGACGCGCAUGCAGAUCCUGGAGGACCACAACAAGCAGCUGGAGUCCCAACUGCACAGGCUUCGUGAGCUGCUGCUCCAGCCCAAAGACGACUCUGAGGCCAACGGGUCAGAACCCUCGACCUUGUCCUCGCCCGUGUCCGGGGGUGGCCACCAGGGGGAGGCUGCGAGCAGAGAGACCACUGAUACUGAGACAGCAGGAGAUGACAUGGACCAUGAACAUGACACAGUGCUGCAGCUUCAGGAAGUCAUUGAGCAACUGAGAAACGUCUUUCCAUCAGAACCAGGCACGACUUCACUCAUCUGACCCAGGGAGGGUCCUGGAGAGCAGAGUGAAGCAUGCUGGGCGUCCUGAUGGCCUGGGCUGCUUGUGGCUGUGGGUAGGGCCUGACGGCCCCACACUAAAUACUCUCCUGGACCUCUGUGUGCACUAACAGUCCAGGCUAAAGGCUAAAGCUAACAUCCAGCCACCGCACUGUGCCUGCUAACCCAGCUGCGGCUAACGUUAGCAGGCAGUACAGCCAAGACACUGUGUUGACCUGAGUUAAUGGAGGCUAAGGCAGAAACUGUGUUAGCUAAUGAGCUAUUAGCUAGCGUUAGCGUCCAUCCAAGACACUGUGCUAACCAGCGUGUGUGUAGUCGUCCGAGGUGUGAAGCUUUAUAUCAGUACACAGCACAACAAGGACCUUCCACAGAAAGGACUUACAUGAUGCAAAAAGGCAGGAGGAUUUCCUCUAGUUUUUUUCCUGUCAGAAUGCCAGUAACUCUAGUAUGUUUGUGAGUUUUUCCAUUUCAAAUGCAUUUCAAAACGUAUUUUUCUUUUCUUAUUUUGGAAUUGGA